CGCGCGCGCGUGUCUGUGCGGGCGCGCGCGCGCUCUCUCCCCCGCAGGAAGAGGCGCUUUACUGUCACUGGGUUAUAGUUGAAUGCGGAGCUCAACGCGUUUGUGUGGUUUCAUGGUCACACCUGAUGCCAGUUCGUUCGGAGAUGAGAAAUGUUUUGUGCGAAAACGGCCGUUCCGAUGCUCUAACAAUUUUAAUCCGAACGUCGCUUUAACACCGUAUCUCAUAUGGCAAAUCGCGACAAGAAUAAAAAGACUCUUCUGGACCUGGUGAAGCUGCCGGAGAACAGUAGCUGUGCUGACUGUGGAACUGCAGACCCAGACUGGGCUUCAUAUACUCUUGGCAUAUUCGUUUGUCUGAACUGCUCUGGAACACAUCGGAAUUUAUCAAGUAUUAGCCGGAUAAAAUCCAUCCGCUUAGACUUCUGGGAUGAUGAGCUUGUGCAGUUCAUGAAAGCCAAUGGAAACCAAGCUGCCAAAGAUGUGUACGAGAAAUUUGUCCCUGUCUUCUAUUAUCAGCCACAGCAUGAUGAUUGUGACGUACUAAGGGAGCAGUGGAUCAGAGCUAAGUAUGAAAGACAAGAGUUUACUGAACAAAAUAAACUCAGAUCCUACUCAUCAGGCAUAUAUGAAGGAUUGCUGUGGAAGAAGGGGAAGGACAAUGGACAGUUUCUCAAGAGGAAGUUUGUUUUAUCAGAACAAGACUUCACCCUAAAAUAUUACAAGGAGGAUGAAUCCAAAGGGCCAAAGGCUGUUAUCUCUGUCCAAAGUUUAAAUGCAACUUUUCAGCCUCGGAAGAUUGGGCAUGCUCAUGGCCUUCAGAUCACUUAUUCAGUGGAUGACCAUACCCGAAACCUCUUUGUUUAUCAUGAAAGUGGCCAGGAAAUUGUGAAUUGGUUCAAUGCUAUAAGGGCUACACGUUUCGUCUACCUAAAGACAGCAUUUCCUACAGCCAGUAAUAUUGAGCUGUUGCCAUGGACUACAAGGAACUACCUUAAAGAGGGUUACAUGGAAAAAACUGGACCUUCGCAACGAGAGCCAUUCAAGAAGAGAUGGUUCAUCUUGGAUGCUCUGGACAGAAAACUACUCUAUUUUAAAACUGAGCUGGAUGCUGUUGAGCUUGGGGUCAUUUUCAUUGGAACAGAGAAUCAUGGGUACUCAGUGAGUGAGUGUUUGCCUAAGGGGACCAGAGGAAAUAAAUGGAAGUGCGGGAUGGCAGUGGAGACACCAGACCGGCAGUUUGUUUUCAUGUGUGAGCAGGAGCGAGAGCGAAAGGAGUGGGUAGAGGCCCUGAGACAUGUCAUCGCGAAGCCAAUGCUUCCUCAAGAUUAUACCAAGGCCAAUAUCCGCAGACGAAAAUGAUCCUGGAACAUCAAAAAGGACAGCGGUGUAUUUUGGACUGGAUUGUAGCACAAUGAAAUGUGUAACCUGAACCUUCCAAACUAUUUAGGGUCUUGUCUAAAACCAUAACCUUUAAAUUGUUAGAACAAAGCAACCGUUCUUGGAUGUAAACGAAAACACCUGAUCACCUGAUGUAGUCUGUCUGGUUCCAAGUAAACUCUAGCAUGGCUUGAUUGCAGCAAGAAAGUCACACCAACCUGAAUAGACCCAACUACAGGAAGCAAACUAGGAAGUAUGUUUUAAAUGGCGGGUUGCAUGAAUGUAGGUGCGAGCUGCCAAACUGACCUGCAGGACAUAACAACAGAGCUGAAUGAAAUGAAAAGAAAAAAUAAAUUGUAGGUGCUUACUUAAAAUGUUCGAAACUGGUCUUUCUACAAUUAUUUAGUAAUUUAUUGCUCUCUAUAAUCAUCCAAUCUUUGACCUUUAUGCAAUGGACAAUAAUUAAUUUGCCUUUUUCUUCUGUUUCUGUGAAAGUGUUUUACAAGGAGAUUUUCAGAUGUACACUCACCUCAGUUAACUGUUGCUGUUGUUGCUUUUGCUUUUGCUUUGUGGGUUAUUUCAUUUCAUUCACUGUGAAAACCAAACAGCAACAAAACAUAAAAGUAUCAGUUCCACUCACUUGGACUCAGGAAAUAGAAAAAAGGGUAAAUUUAACUGGGCAAUGGGAAAUAAGGUGUCCUGAAAGUCCACUGUAUUUUGUAUGAGUGUUUUACUGGGUUUUUUUUUUAUGUUUACUCCAUAAUUUCAGGUUUUUUAAACAUAUUUUUACAUUUUGAAUAAGCGUAGUUAUACAUUUCUGCUUUUGUAUAGUUUGAGAACUUAAUUUAACCCAUAUUGUAACAUGCAUGUUUGGGCUUGAUGGUUAACUAUCAUUUACUUCUAUGCAUGGCACACAACAGAAAUCCAACUGCCAUUCAGUUCACUCUUGACUUUUUUGGGAAUCAAAGUCACGUCCACACUGACAGGUUAAGAUAAAUUCAGAUUUGAAAGGUCGUUUUCUAAAAGUUUGAUAGAAGUUUGUGGCUUUUUUCUUGCUAUUGAAACACAAUUGAUUUUUUAUUUUUUAUAAAUUACGUUUUUUAAUGCACAGUGAAGUUGAUUGAGUAUGUAUAUAAAUGUGUUUUGGAUUUUGUUUUUUUAAAUAAAUCAGUAAUAACUAAAAAAUAAUAAUAUAAAAUAAA